AUGACUUAUUAUUCCACAGCUGAAUCAUCCACUAUUCAUGCGAGGCAUCUUUGUGAAAUUCCUCCAAAAGGAAUCCUACUUGGCGAUAUGUUGAAAAAAGGUUGUUUCUGGAUCGAUAUUUUGAAUCCUACAGAUACUGAAAUGAGAACAUUAUGUCAGGCAUUUAGAAUCCAUCCAUUGACUGAGGAAGAUAUCACUAUGGAAGAACAACGUGAAAAAUGUGAUGUGUUUCACAACUAUUACUUUAUAUGUUUCCGAAGUUUUGAACAAGAUCCAUUAUCUCCUAUGUACCUACAACCUCUAGCUCUUUAUAUUGUUGUUUUGAAAGAAGGUGUUUUAUCAUUCCAUUUUCGACCCAUGCCACAUCCGCAUAAUGUGCGCAAACGAAUCAAGCAAUUACGAGAUUAUAUCAAAGUGACUCCAGAUUGGAUUUGCUAUGGUUUAUUGGACGAUAUCACGGACUCUUUUGCACCUUUGAUUAAAUCGAUUGAAUUCGAGGUGGAUUCUAUUGAUGAAUUGGUACUUAUUUUGAAAGAAUCGGAACAAUCAGACAUGCUACGACGUAUUGGUUAUUGCCGUAAACGUGUGAUGGGUCUACUCAGGUUGUUGGUAUCCAAGGCUGAUGUGGUGAAGACAUUGAUUAAACGAGGGGAAACAAAACCAGAAGAUGCUACACGACCAGCUCUAAGUACCGAAGUCUCUCUUUUCCUUGGUGAUGUACAAGAUCAUAUUCUUACCAUGUUACAAUCACUCAAUCACUAUGAAAAAAUAUCAUCACGUUCACAUAGCAAUUAUCUAGCUCAAAUUUCGAUUGAAAUGACACAAACCAACAAUGAAAUUAACGAUAUCUUAUCCAAACUGACGGCGCUCGGUAGUGUAUUAGUGCCUAUGAACCUUGUCACUGGUCUUUGGGGAAUGAAUGUACAGGUGCCUGGACAAAUGACAGAGGUAAUAAAAUAA